CGGCGCCCCUAGCGCAUAUCUCGGUCAUUUCAUUCGGAGUCCUUGUCUGUGUUGCUAGAAUCUCUGAGACUUCUCGAACUUCUGAAAAAAAAAAAAAUGGCUGUUCCUGCAAUAGGUAUUGAUUUAGGCACCACUUAUUCUUGUGUCGGUGUUUUUCAACACGGCAAAGUAGAAAUUAUUGCAAAUGAUCAGGGAAAUAGGACGACACCAAGUUACGUCGCUUUUACUGAAACAGAGCGACUUAUUGGAGAUGCUGCAAAGAACCAGGUGGCGAUGAAUCCUAGUAAUACCGUAUUCGACGCUAAACGACUCAUCGGAAGAAGAUUUGAAGAUUCUUCUGUCCAAUCGGAUAUGAAGCACUGGCCAUUUGAAGUAAUUAGUGAUGGAGGCAAGCCCAAGAUUAAAGUCGAAUACAAAGGUGAAAACAAAACUUUCUUCCCGGAGGAAAUCUCGUCGAUGGUUCUGACUAAGAUGAAGGAAAUUGCCGAAGCUUACCUUGGCAAGGCAGUUACAAAUGCCGUUGUAACUGUACCUGCUUACUUCAACGACUCCCAAAGACAGGCCACCAAAGAUGCCGGUACCAUUGCUGGUUUGAAUGUUCUACGUAUCAUUAACGAACCUACCGCUGCUGCUAUUGCUUACGGACUCGAUAAGAAGGGAACCGGCGAACGAAAUGUAUUAAUCUUUGAUCUUGGAGGUGGUACUUUCGAUGUAUCUAUCUUGACCAUCGAAGACGGAAUUUUUGAAGUGAAAUCUACUGCUGGCGAUACUCAUUUGGGCGGAGAAGACUUCGAUAACCGAAUGGUCAAUCAUUUUGUCCAAGAAUUCAAGCGUAAACACAAGAAGGACUUAACUAGCAACAAACGUGCCCUCAGAAGGUUGAGAACCGCCUGCGAACGUGCCAAGAGAACCUUGUCCUCUAGUACUCAAGCCAGUAUCGAGAUUGAUUCUCUCUUUGAAGGUAUUGAUUUCUAUUCUACCAUUACUCGUGCUAGAUUCGAAGAAUUGAAUGCUGAUCUGUUCAGGAGCACUCUAGAGCCUGUUGAAAAAGCUCUGAGGGAUGCCAAAUUGGAUAAAGCUCAAGUACAUGAUAUUGUUUUGGUUGGAGGUUCAACCCGUAUCCCCAAGAUCCAGAAGUUGCUUCAAGAUUUCUUUAAUGGUAAGGAAUUGAAUAAAAGUAUUAAUCCUGAUGAAGCUGUUGCGUAUGGUGCUGCUGUACAGGCUGCAAUUUUAAAUGGAGAUAAAUCUGAAGCUGUUCAAGAUCUCCUGCUGCUAGAUGUUACUCCCUUGUCUCUUGGUAUUGAAACUGCUGGUGGUGUGAUGACAGUCUUAAUCAAACGUAAUACCACUAUUCCUACUCGUCAAACCCAGACCUUCACUACUUAUUCUGAUAAUCAACCAGGAGUACUUAUUCAAGUUUAUGAAGGUGAACGUGCUAUGACCAAAGAUAAUAAUCUUCUAGGAAAGUUUGAAUUAACUGGCAUUCCUCCUGCACCUCGAGGUGUCCCACAGAUUGAAGUAACCUUCGAUAUUGAUGCAAACGGAAUUCUUAAUGUAUCUGCUGUUGAUAAAAGUACAGGUAAAGAAAACAAGAUCACUAUUACUAAUGACAAGGGCAGGCUGUCUAAAGAAGAAAUUGAAAGGAUGGUCCAAGAAGCUGAAAAAUACAAAGAUGAUGAUGAAAAACAGAAAAGUAGAAUUGCUGCCAAGAACUCUUUGGAAAGUUAUGCCUUUAAUAUUAAAUCUACAAUUGAUGAUGAGAAGCUUAAAGAUAAAAUUAGUGAAGAUGAUAAAAAGAAAGUAUUGGACAAGGUCAAUGAUACUCUAAAAUGGCUCGACAGUAACCAAUUAGCUGAAAAAGAAGAAUUUGAUGAUAAACAGAAAGAACUAGAAGCAGUCUGCAAUCCUAUUGUUACAAAAUUAUACCAAUCUGCUGGAGGUGCCCCAGGUGGUAUGCCAGGAGGAUUCCCAGGAGCAGGUGCUGGAGCUCCUGGAGGAGGCAGUACGGGUGGUCCAACAAUUGAAGAAGUAGAUUAAGUAAUACAUUCCGCUUUCAUUUAAUUUGUUAAUUUAUAGGAGUUUCAUAAACUGUUGAGCUUUAAAAGCUUUUCAAGAACUGUUGCAAAGAACUGAUAUGCAUAAUGAACUCUUUCAUUUCUUAAUUUAAAAUUUGGAACUUUUUGUAAUCAUACCUUUUUUAUUUUUCCAUUUAACAUCAUCAGUCUUACUUUUUUCAGCUGUGAAGAGUUUGUUUUUGUAUGAGUUCAAUAAAUGUCAUCAUGUUGAUAGCUUU